ACAUCAUAGUGAAGGUAAUAACAGUCCCUGUGGGAAGAAAAUGGCUGAAUUUGAACCGCCAGGCUCCCCCAAACCUGAGAAGGUAUAUACACAAAGUGUGUGUCAAAGUGUUAGUUAUUGUGUGAGGACCUUUGUGGCCAUAACCCUGCAGAAGUAAUGUAUGCUUCCCUGACUACAACAACUACUACAUUCAAAAUGAUGCUUCCACAAGUGGAUGCUGAAACCGGAGCCCCUGAGAAAAAAACAAUUAGUUCUGAUGACGACUUUGAGAAUUCAGAGCUAGCUACAAGUACAAGGCCUUUCAAUUACCUUGAAACCCAACCUUACGAACCUUUCACACCUCCUUCCCUCGAGGCUCAACAUCCCACGGAAGGCACAGAAGAACAGCCAACCCUUACAGAUCCAGUUGUGAACGAAGCAAGCUUCCCUAUUGGUUAUUCUGCUGAGCGUAGGAGACUUUUGGAUCCCCAUGCUGACAUAGUGCCAGCCUCUUCAAGUAGUGACAGAAGGCCUUUGCCUCCAUGGCAUAGCACCACUACAACAAUAGCACCAGUCAAGACCUCAUCAACUCAGACCGCACCAGUUUCCUCCAUAGCAGAGACCACACCGGUUCCACACACAGCGGUUACUGAGCCAGUUUCUCACAAAGCAGUGACCGCACCAGUUCCCUCCAUAGCAGAGACCACACCGGUUCCACACAAAGCGGUUACUGAGCCAGUUUCUCACAAAGCAGUGACGGCACCAGUUUCAUCUACAGCAGUAAAAGGGCCAAGCCAGCAGAGUGCCAAAGAAUUUUUUUCUACGUUGUCAUUCUCUAGUGCACAUGUUAAGAAAUACACAAGUCGUCAUCAGACACCCUCUGGGGCCACAGAUUCUACUACUGAGAUUGAAGGCUUUGAAGGAUAUGAUCGAUGUGAAAAGACAGAAGUUAGCACCAAGAAAGAAUCGGGAGCUGAUCAGGCCGAAGUUACAGAACGGUAUUACUGUUGGUGCGUGUAACAGUUUAGAAUGACCUUACCGCAACAGACAAUGCAGUCAGCAGAGCACAAGUUCUUCCAAUGAUGCAGGAACAUUUGUAUCCAACCUACCUUACCAACAUGUAAUAAUGAGGGCAUACAGAAACCGUGAAACAUCUAAUAGUGGAGAGUUGUUCUCGACAGAGAUAGAGGGAUUUGAAGCUGGGCCAUCCCAUGAUGAUGAACCAACUGGGAUCAACAAGCAACAAAUCAUUGUCAUGGCUAUUGGACUAACAAUAACACUGUUUGCCUUAAUUCUACUCACAAAGACUCCAAUAAAACAGUGACAGUGUCUAAAGUAGCAAACACAUAAGGAAUGUAGUUGUUUGUAGCAUCUUCUAAUAAUCCUUGUGAGCAGACUUUUGUAACCAUCAUGUAAAUACGAUAUGAAGUGGUAUGAAAACUAA